AUGUGGGCGCGUGCGGUGUUGCUGGGCCAUCGGUCCUGGAUGGGCUGGCACCGGGGCUUCACCUCCAAGACGGAUCCUCAGGGUAGUGGCCGUGUCACGGCUGAGGUGAUCGAGCACCUGGAGCGUCUAGCGCUUGUGGACUUCGGCAGCCAAGAGGCCGUGGCACGACUGGAGAAAGCCAUCGCCUUUGCCGACCGGCUCCGCGCCGUGGACACGGACGGGGUGGAGCCCAUGGAAUCAGUAUUGGAGGACAGAUGUCUGUACUUGAGAUCUGACAAUGUGGUAGAAGGCAACUGUGUUGAAGAACUACUACAAAAUGCCCAUCGAGUUGUGGAGGAGUAUUUUGUGGCUCCCCCAGGUAAUAUCUCUUUGCCAAAGCAGGAUGAACAACAGCCCUUUUCACACAACUGACUAGCUAUUCAUGGAGGCCCAAAGAUAGUAUUUUGUUACCACGAACACAAAUAUUUCCACUUUCUUCGGUUACCUGAAAAAAAACUGAUGUUUAAGUGAUUUUUAGUAACUAACUCUCUGAAGACAACAUUGGGAAAUAUCUAGCCAAAACAAGGCAAUGAGUUCCUGCUUCUACUGGAAGUAAAAGGUACUGUCACUUUCUGAGGAAAUGAAUCAAAUAUUUAUUCACACACUGUUCAGUAUAGGUUAUUCUCCUUUAUCUCCUCCCAAAACGGUGGUCUACCAAACUGUACGUAAAUCGGUUUUUCUAUUUACGUAACUAUUAGACAGUGUUAUCUGAUCGCCAUAUGACAACCUGUG